AUGACUGAAAGUGGAGUCAACGUGGAGUGCAUCCGCUCCUCUCCUCUCCACAGCACGCUCGCCGACAGCGACAACACCACCACCUACAUCGUCAUCAACGACCUUCUCGCUGCUGUGUCCAUCUGCUCUACGUGGAACAGUUGCGGCCAACGAUGCUUUGUCAGUAACCGCACCGUUCUCGGCAACCACCACGUCUCACCAGACUCGCACCACCGCAGCCAACACCGAGAUGACGUCAAACCAGGCACCUCCAACAACGGCAACAACGUCCGAAGCUCCCGACUCUCCUUCGCACAACAAUGA